AUGUUGGGUUUUCAUAUUCAUUCACAACCUACUGGUGCAAAUCAUAAUUGUACAGCAGGUGGUGCACAUUUCAAUCCUUACAAUGCUUCGCACGGAAUGCCGCAAGAUCCAGUUAUGCAACGUCAUGUUGGUGAUAUAGAUGAUGGAGGUCAUACUGGCAAAGGUGAAAGUAAUACCACUGGGAAUGCUGGUCCUCGUAUAGCUUGUGGAACAAUACUUUUUAUCUAA